CUCUUAAUAUUGUUUGAAUAUCAUUUGAUUGAUGUUGAAGUUGGAUCGAGGUUUUUUGAUGUUGAUUUUGUUGAAGUUGAGUUUAUUGAAGUUGAGAUUGAAGUUGGGUCGAAGUUUGUUGAAGUUGAGUUUGUUGAGGUUGAUUAUGUUGAGGUAGAACUUGUUGGAAAGGUUGGGUUGAAAGAGAGGUUUGAAGUUGAUUUUGUUGAAAAGAAGGUUGAAAAGAAG